AUUGCUAUGGCAACAGCGAUAAUGUAUUGACCCGGAUCUAGAUUUUUGAGUGUGAGUUGCAGAGAUGAUGGCUAGAAGGCAAAUACUGUUCACUAAAGGAGAUGUAGACAGAAUGAGAGCCGAGAACAGGAGGAAAGAGGUAGAGAGGACUGAACAGCUCAAAAUGGUGGCACAAGACAAACUAAUGCGGGCCAACAUGGCCUCCGAGGAGAGAGUGGAAAAGAAAAUUCUAGCUAGAAUAUUGCAGCAAGAGGCCACAGAGAAAGAAACAGACGAGAAGAUAGCAGCAUCCAUUAGAGAGAAAAAGUUAAGAGAACAGCAACUGGAGCAAGAGAAAAGAAUAGCUGAAGAGUUACAAAAGAUUAAACUUGAAUCCCAAAGAGAUGAGAGACUUCGUCAACAAAUCAGAGACAACAGUCAGGAGUUGAGAGAGUUAGAGUCAAAGUUACGCGCUGGAUACAUGAACAAGGAAAGAGCAGCUCAACUUCAAGAGAAGAUUGAAAUGAAAGAAAAAGAGAAAUAUUAUGAAGCAGUUCUUGAUGAUAUGAUGAAGAGAGAUUACGAGAAGGCAAUGGAGGAAGACAUGGAGAGACAAAGAGAGAAAGAAGAAGAGAAGUUUGAAUACAGAGAACAGCUGCACAAUCAACUGGAGGAACAAGAGAUAAAGAGGCGAGAGGCUUACGAAGAGUUUUUGAAAGAGAAACUAAUGAUUGAUGAGAUAGUUAGAAAAAUAUAUGAAGAAGAUCAAAGAGAAGCAGAGGCAAGGCUAGAGAAGCAGAGGGCACUAAACAAUAUAUUGAGGAGUCCUUCAGAAGAGAGAAGAGAAUGGAAGAUAAUGGAGAAGGAGCUUAUGGAGGAGGAGAAUAGGAGGAUACUUGAAUUUUGUAACCUGCAGCAAGAGAGGGAGGCAGAGAGGGCACAGAAAGCUAAAGAGGAAGAAGAGAAGAAGUCACAGUUGUAUGCUAAACUAUCAGAAGAGAUUGCUCAAAAGCAAGGAGAAGUGGAAGAAAUGGAGAGGAUACGUACUGAGCUUUACAUGGAAGAGCAAGAAGAGAAAGAAAGACAAAUGGAAAAGAAAGCACUUGAAGCUCAGAUAAGACAAAGACUGGAGCUGCAAGAGGCUCACGAUGAACAUCUCAUCAUGAAAGAAAAGAAGAGAAUAGCAGAACUAGCAGAAGAGGAAGAAUAUAGAAGGCAGUUGAUGGCUAAGUUUGCUGAGGAUGAUCGCAUUGAGCUCAUGAAUGCACAGAAGAGAAGAAUGAAGCAGCUGGAGCACAGGAGGGCAGUAGAGAAACUGAUUGAGGAACGAAGACAAGAGUAUCAGAGACUGAAGGAGCUUGAAGUGUUGGAGAGGAAGGAGGAGGAGAGACAGGAGUCCAUGAGGAGAGCUAUUGUUGAACAAGAGAGACAACGUUUACUGAGAGAACAUGCAACAAAGUUAUUGGGAUACUUACCAAAAGGUGUUUUACGUAACGAGGAAGACCUUUCACACUUAGGACAAGAUUUCAGAGAUACGUAUAAAAGUCAUAGAGUUGACCUGUUUGAUGAUGAAGGAUGGUAA